AUGCGCAAACGGGUCCAUUACCCGGUGGCCAAUCCUGCCACCAAGAGCUUGGAAAUGAAGGACACCACGUCUUUGGUUGGCGCUUACUACAGUGGGAAGUCGGUCCUCGUUACAGGAGCCACGGGAUUUAUGGGCAAAGUCCUGGUCGAGAAGCUUCUCCGUUCCUGCCACGAUGUGAAAACCAUCUACGUGUGUGUGAGACCGAAAGGUGGACGUUCCAUGCAGACUCGAGUGGAGCAUCUGCUGAAAUGCAAGGUGUUUGACAGAGUCCGUGAAGAAUGGCCCCGUUUCCAUGAGAAGGUUAAGCCCAUCAGUGCUGAGUUCACCAAGCCAAAUCUGGCCAUCUCUUCUGAAGACCUGGAGGAGCUGAUUUCUGAGGUCAACGUGAUCUUCCAUUGUGCUGCAACGGUUCGAUUUGAUGAGCCCCUGAAAGAUGCCCUUCUCCUGAACGUCUUGGGCACCCAGCAGCUCCUCAGGCUGGCCCACCAGAUGAAGAACCUUGAAGCCCUCAUCCAUGUUUCCACGGCCUACUCAAACUGUAACCGGAGACACAUAGAGGAGGUCUUCUAUCCUGUCCCUGUGGAGCCAAAGAAGCUUUUGGACAUGAUGGCGUGGAUGGAUGAGUCCCUCAUUGAAGCGAUCACCCCCAAUUUGAUUGGGGACUGGCCUAACACCUACACCUUCUCCAAAGCUCUAACUGAGCAUCUGAUCCAGCAGGAGAAAGGAGACUUAAAUGUUGCCAUCAUCAGACCUUCCAUCGUGGGAGCUAGCUGGCAGGAGCCCUUCCCAGGCUGGGUUGACAACUUCAACGGCGUAAGUGGCCUCCUGGUUGCGGCUGCAAAAGGGAUUUUACGGUCUGUAAAAUGCAAUCUGGCGGCAACAGCUGAUAUUAUCCCAGUAGACUUAGCUAUCAACUUAAUCAUCACUGCUGGCUGGCACACUGCAGUUCACAGGCCCAAAUCGCCAAUGAUCUACAACUGUACCUCUGGAAGCCUCAAUCCAUUUUCUUGGGGAGAAUUGGAAAUUAAUGUGAUAAAUAUCUAUGAAAAAAACCCACUGGAGAAACCCUUCAGGAUCCCAAAUGCCAGGAUGACCUCGAGCUACUUGCUCCAUCAGUACUGGACCUUUGUCUGUCACACCAUCCCUGCUUUUCUCGGUGACCUCUAUCUGCGGCUGAUGGGAAAGAAGCCAUGGAUGAUGAAGCUUGCUGGGCGUUUGGACAAGACUAUGAGUCUCCUUGAAUAUUUCACCCGCCAUUCCUGGGACUGGAGCUACGAAAAUACAAACAGGUUACUGAAAGAGCUCAACCCAAAAGACAGAACGUUGUUCUGCUUUGACGUCUGUCAACUGACUUGGCCAGAAUACAUGAAAGAUUACUGCUUAGGAACCAAGAAAUACCUGCUGAAUGAAGACAUGGCUGGAAUUCCUGCCGCUCGGCAGCAUAUCAGAAAGCUGAAGACUAUCCAGUGGGCACUGAAGGCCACUCUGCUUGUGAUCUUCUGGCGCGUAUUCAUUGCAAAGUCACAAAUGGCUCGUAAUAUAUGGUAUUUCGUACUAAGCCUCUGCUACAAAUUUCUUAGCUACCUUAGAGCUUCCAGCACCCUGACACAUUGA